AUGGCUUCAGCCGGCCUGGAAAUCCUGGGCAUGAUUCUGUCUGUGGCUGGCUGGCUGGGUGCAAUGGUGGCCUGCUGCCUGCCCAUGUGGCGUGUAGCGGCGUACGUGGGUCAGAACAUCGUGAUCACACAGAUGGUGUGGGAGGGUCUGUGGAUGAGCUGUGUGGUGCAGAGUACAGGCCAGAUGCAUUGCCAGAUUUACGAUUCCAUGUUAGCGCUGCCUAAUGACCUGCAGGCUGCACGAGCUCUGGUUGUCAUCGCUGUGUUUAUUGGUGUGGUGGCCAUGACGCUGGCUGUAGCAGGUGCCAAGUGUACCAACUGUACCUCGGAUGUCUCCAGCAAGCCUCGCAUCAUGAUGGGUGCUGGUGUGGCGUUUGGCAGCAGCGGGCUGUUGUUGCUUGUGGCCGUGAGCUGGUCAGCCUACACUAUUGUCUUGGACUUCCAUGACCCGCUGCUGCAGGAAACACAGAAGAGGGAGUUCGGGAACUCGCUGUAUUUCGGCUGGGGCGCCUCCUGCCUGCUCAUCCUAGGGGGAGCCAUACUUUCCUGCUCGUGUCCUUCCAGAGCACCAAAUGGUCCUGCGUCUGCCGGAGCACAGUACUCAACAGUGAAAUCAGUGGCUGCUAAUGGAUAUUGCAGAAGGGACUAUGUUUGAAUGGUGUAGGUUGGUAAAUAAGCUUGCAUUCAGCGACAAUAAAAACUGUGCUGGAGUGUUAUUCACUUGGACA